CGCCAACAUCGCAUUUCGAAGUAUUGAUAGUUUCGAGUGGCGGUAGUAUCUGUCGUCCAUUUUGUAUGUCUUUUCCGGAACACUAGGCAUCAUGAGUCGCGUCAGAACAAAGACGGUCAAAAAGGCCGCCAAGCUUAUCAUUGAAAAAUAUUACACUCGGUUGACUAUGGAUUUCCAUACGAAUAAGAGGAUAUGCGAAGAAAUUGCUAUUAUUCCUAGCAAAUCUUUAAGAAACAAAAUCGCUGGAUUUGUUACGCAUUUGAUGAAGCGACUCAGACACAGUCAAGUGCGUGGUAUUUCCAUCAAAUUGCAAGAAGAAGAGAGGGAACGCAGAGACAACUAUGUUCCUGAAGUUUCUGCUUUGGAACAUGACAUUAUUGAAGUUGAUCCGGAGACCAAGGAGAUGUUACAGAUGCUUGGAUUCAACAACAUUCCUGGAUUACAACUCACACAAUCUCAGUUACCGCCGUACAACAACAGACGUUCUUAAAACUUUAUUGUUUAUACUAAACAGGAUUGUUAGUUGUGCACUUUUUAAUAAAAUUGCAGGCUGACAUUCUAAAAAAAAUA